GCUAUAUAAAAGCCUGCGGCGUAGGCAGUCAUGGAAGACCGAGAAAUCGUCCCGUGAAGAGCCGCCGUCGACCGAGGGCCGUCGUCCGUAGAACGCAAAAAGAGGGGAACGAACAGAAAACCGAGCGAAUUAAGCGAAACUAAACGAAACGAAACGGAACGGAACGGAACGGAACGGAACGGAACGAACGAACGAUAGAACCGUGCCCGUGCGAAUGUGUAAUUAAAGCCAAUGAAAAUGCUGCGGCAAGAAUGGCUUCUGAUACUGCUGAUCGCGGGAGCGGCGACGGCGAUGAUCCUCGUGUCCCGUGAGAAGAAGGAAGAGUCGCUGACUGGCGCUCUGGACGCGAUCACCAGGAAGCAGAGGUCCUUGGACGCCGCGUCCCAGGAUUACUACAACGAUCUACGACCGUACAAAUACCACGACGGCGACACCGACCGGAAAUUCGACAGGGAGCAGCAUCUCGAAAGGGAAAUCGACCCGGAGGACGAGCAAAUCGAAUUUCUGCCAAACGAAGCUGGACAGCUGGAAACGGUGGGGAACGGCUACCAAGACCUGAACAACAAGCUGCGCGAGAGAGCAAUAAUCGAUUACUUGGAGAGCGUCCUGCAGCGGGAGGAACCGGUCACUUCCCCGUUCAGAGAACGCGAAAGAGGCGUCGGCCGCAAGAGAGGCAACGGUCCCGACCUUGACAUCGACAUUGGCAAUAAAAAGCUGGCGAAGCUGCUUCUCGAAGGAGGCGGCGGGUUCCCGUACGAUCUAGGGGACGCGGACGAGCAGGGCUACAUGGACGGCCGACAACCGCUUUACGACCGAUACAGGGCCAAUAGCGAGAACGAGAAGGAUUUCGCGAACGCGGGUCCGAUGUCCUGGGGCGAAUUGCUGAACAAGGAGUCGCUGGCGCGCGGACAGAACGUGGAGAUGAACGAGAACGAGCUGGCCGAUCGGGACCAGGCUCCUAAUCUGCUGUACCUUUCUUUUUUGGCGGAGCGGAAGGCCAUGAACGGAGGGAACCCGAAUGGCCACGAUUACAGGACCUACCGAAACAUGGCUAAGCGUUAUCCCGUCGCCAAGAGGAGUCCUCAGCCGUUGCCUUCGAAGAAACAGGUCACGGACCCCAAGGUCGCCCAAGAGAGGAAGAAGGCGUCUUUCAUGCCCGGCCAGGGCACGCAGAACCAGGACGACGAGUGGAUGUUGCAACACUAUUUCGAGAACGUGGGCGAGAAUCUGCAGGGGAACGACGAGGACUACAGAAAGGAGAAGCUGAAUCAGAUGAUCGCGGACCCGAACCAUCUGAAGAACAUGGACAACCUCUUCAGGAAAGUUUUACAGAAGGUUACGAGGAAAGCGAUGGCGUACCUGAUUGCAGCCGCUGCUCAAAUCUCCCUGGAGAACACCGAUAGGAAAGAUUUAAAGGAAAAGCUGAAGGAUUGUCUGGCGGGGCGUACCCAGCCCAAUCAGACCUUCAACUUCUGGGAGGAGAUUAACCCCACGAAAGAAAACGAAGACGUGUACUGGGAUCCAUCCUGUUCGGAAAUGGAAAAAUUCGCGCCGUUGAAGGUGUGCCGGACAAUGGUAGCCAAACUGAACAGAGAGGACGCGCAAAAGUUCUACCAAUCCUGCGUGAUGUGGCUCACCGUCAACUACUGUACACGGACCGACGACCAUCCAAAGAUAUGUAAAGAGUCGGUGUGCGCGAAGAACGCCAUUUCCCGUUUCAAUUCGAUUUUGGGGUUGCCGUAGGAGCAUUCUCUUCCCUGCACAGCGGACCACGAUUGAACAGCGGCUACGACACGACCUGCUCGCGACAAACGUACCGUUCAUCGUACGGAGUUGAAGAAUGCGUAAAGCGGCGAUGCGACCGAACCACAACACACACCGAACAUCCUCUAUCGCGAAACGGACGCGACUCCCUGGCGAGAAUCCAACCUCGAGUCGAGAUUCAGUUGGUGCAGUCGACUUUUGGUAUUUACCUUAUUUCAAUGUCGGAUUUCGCGAAUCUAAAUACUAAAUUCCACACUGUCUUAUUUGCGAGUCUCGUUUAUUUUUAUAAAGACGAAACGAUAAGACGACACACGUAAAGGUAAUCAUUGACGGAGAAGAGAGAUCGCUAUCAUCUUCCUUUCUCUCGUAACGAUAAUACCGAUCAGAGGAAGAUCGCCGACACGAUAAAAAGAAAUUCCUCAACCUUUCGAAUGAUUUAUUACCUGAUUGCGUCGAAAACUGUUCCGAGUUCGGAUAGAUCACUUUCUGGAGAAAAUUGAAUUACACGGAGGGACGAAAUGGCGUCGCUUUUGUCGUCGGAGGACAACGAUAAUUGAAACGGUCUCGACAUUAAUUGUAACGGACAACGUCUAAUACUAAUAACCCAAUAUUCAAGGAGCAAACAAAGAACUCCUGUGCCGGUAUCGUGCACGAUAUCGAUUCUGAUAAGGAUAACGCCGAUAAUUGAUAACUGCUAAACUACGAGUACUCGAAAGGUGCAGCAUUGUCUAAUGGUAUAAUAGAAUUUAUGUAUAUUUUGUUUUCUAUGUGUAUGCAUAUGUAUAUGUAUAUGUGUAUGUAUAACACAAAGAAUGAUACGAAAUAGAUACCAAAACGCAACAUGUACCGAAUCCGGUUCGGUGGAGAGUGAAAGAGGAGCGAUACAACGUGAUGUUAACUAUAGUAUGUAUCCCCAUUUCGGUCGAAUAAGGAAAGUGUAUUUAAAAAUCUAUUAUUGUCUAUCCUUAGGUUACGAAACUGUGGGUACAGUCUAUGUGUCAGAGCUGUAUUCGAAUAUAAUACAAAUAUAUUUCAACAUAA